GCGGUGCUCAAUGUCUACUACGAGAUGCUCCGGAAGAGGAAGGAUCGGUACAUUAUAUGGCAGACGGGGACGGAGACUUUCUGCGAGAUGGAGAGUCUCGUCAGGGGCCAUCGCUGACUUUUUCUUACUCCAUUCUUGCAUGAACUGGAAAUGGCAUAUGCUGCUUCUGAUGUUGUAAUUUCUCGGGCUGGUGCAAUGACAUGCACUGAGAUAUUGGCCACUGGGAAACCAUCAAUUCUGAUACCCCUGCCAACAAUUCUGGAUCACCACCAAACGAGAAAUGCAUAUAUCAUGGCUGAUAUCAUGGGGGCAAAGGUCAUCACCGAAGAUGAACUUGAUUCUAGCAGUCUCACAUCUGCAGUUGAUGAAAUCUUUGGUGAUGAGAAAUUGAUGGCAGACAUGUCUCAGAAGGCACUAACUGCAGCCCGACCAAAUGCUUCUGCUGAUAUAAUUCGCCAUAUCUGUUCCCUGAUUGGUUCACCCUACCCAACAUGAAACUUAUUUAGACACUAGAAUUCAUGCCACGACUGCAUUCAGUAGGAAUUCCAUUCUGUAUUGUUGGUUGAGACACAGAAGAAUGGCAUCUUGUUCUUGAUGCGGAAGAAGAUAUGAUACCUCUCGUAAUUCACUUGAGUGAUGAUAGUGAUUUGGUCUCAAAAAGAUCAGGAAAUAGUUUCUCAGGUAGUUUUCUGGUCUCUGACCUUCAAUAUUCUUUUUCGUUUAUGUAAAGGUUUCAUAAAUGACUGCUAGAAGGCAGAAGCUGCCUCCUGCCAACUUUCAAAAAGAUAUUGGUCCUCAAUGGUCACUCCGAUACUUUUGCUGAAUGAAUGAUUAACUUGAGAUCUUUUGCAUUUUC